UAUUUUGCGGGCGUGCCUUGAAUUUAUUUCUUGAAUCUUAGUUAUUUUGACCGUUCGAUUCUUAUACCAAAACAAUCUUAUAUUUACCUUAAAAUACCCUUGUCCUUGUCUUAUAAACAGUCUCCGGAUUCCACUAGUGUCUUCUGAACUGAGUUCACUGUCUCUCUCGUUUCAAGUUAGCAAAUACAAUUCGGUAUGGAGCAGUGAUCGUUUUCUUUACAAGUCUUUUUAAUUAAUUAUCUUUAGUGUUGCUUCAAGUGAAUGUUGCCAUGUUGUUAAUGCUGUGAUUUUGAAGAUUUCCUCUGGUUGGAUUAGACUUGUGCAAUGUCUUUUGCUUAAUUAUUCCUUCGAGAUCAAAUUCAUCGUCAACUUUCAGUUUUUAGGAUAUAUAUAUAUAUAUAUAUAUAUAUAUAUAUAUAUAUAUAUAAUUUUUUUUUAAUUUAUCGCAACUAUAAAGGGUAGUGCUUUAUUUUGGACUUACUGUUUUAAGAGGGAUUUAGAAGUUUCAUAAGAAUUUUUUACAGUUAGAUCUGCUACAAGAGGUCUUAAUGGAUUUGCAUUUAAAGAGCUUGUUUGGUAGAUUCCAGGAGCAAUUUGGGUCUGGUCCUGGGCUUGGUCCUGGAUCAGGGACUUGCUUGAUGAAGGUGGAGGGCAUUGCUCCUAAUUUCAUCAAGUCAUUGUAUAAAGCUUGUGCUGCUCUUUAUAGAACUGAUCCUUGGAGAAGAUUGCGUCCCCCCCAUCUUUUUGGAAUUCGGGUGGGAAAGGACUCUGAUUGGUCUGGCAAGAAACAACUUUUCCCGUGCAUUCAGUUCAUAGGAGGUGAUGGUGGGGAUGUUGGCUUCUAUAUGUUUCGAUCUGUAAAUGAUGCUAAGAAAAUGACAGGGUCUAGAGAGACAAUUUUGGUUCCUAAUGUGGAGCUUUUGAGGGUUACAUAUGAAUCUGAGUCAUUGAUGUUUCCUUCUAAUAGGAAAAUGAUCAAGUCUUUGUCAUUGGAGGUGUCCGGUACUGAUAGAUUUCCUGUAAUUGAUGUUGCACGUUUUAUGUCUUCUGGUGCACUUCAGUUUAGGCAUCCAACUCUAGAAGAAUUAAGAUUUGUGUAUGCAUUCAUGAGAGCCAUCUCUCUAGUGCAUACAUUGCUUCAGGAAGAUAAAGAAGGCGGUCCAAAGUGGUCCAAGUUGAUAUAUUUUGAACCAUUUAUUGAGACUGUUGAUGUCCAGUGGCCUUCAGAAAUGGCUAAGGGCUAUGAUCUUGUUGCGGUUACAAUCUCACACCCACCUGGUCAGGCGUACGAGGAAAAGGCAAGCUCAACCGCUAGCUCAACUCCCACCAAGUAUGCAGAAAGACCCAGGGAGGAGAUCUUUGUUGAUAUGAGGAUAAGCUCGAAUUCUGGCUUGAGGCAGUGCACAAUGUGUGAUAAAGAAGUUCAUGGAGAACAAUCUCCCUCUUGUGGGCAUUGUCGAGCGGUUAUCUACUGUAGUUCUCAAUGCCAGAAGCAGCAUUGGAAGGAAACACAUAAGAGCAUGUGUGGUCUUUACAAGGCUAUGAUGGAAAGGGAAGAAGAGCUGGCAAUGAAUAUAUUUAUGUUCCCUUGUUCUGCUGAGCAGCCUUGUAAAUGGCUGGAGUCGUUGGGUAUCCAUCAGAAGGGAAUGUGGAGGAGAAAGUGCAGUUGCUAUUCUCACUGCCCAUUUGGUCUCCUCCCCGUUAAAGGUGGUUUGUGGGAUUCAUGGGGUGGGCUGGACGAUGAAGACUAUCCUUGUGAUUCACCUUUUCACAACCAUUUAAGAGAUGGAAUAUCAAGCCCAAUCCUUCUUUCUGGUUGGUCAGAGUACUAUAAUCUCAGGUCAUUGCCAUUGUCAAGCCCUGUUGCUGACAUUCUUUCUCAUCCACUUACAGUUUAUUACAUAUUGACUACUCUGAAUAUCAGUUCAAAGAACCUGUUACUCAAAGGGAAAGAGGUGAUUCUUCAUUACCUGGGGCCUGAAGGGGAGUUGGAUUGGAUGCCAGCAUUUGCAGAAAUUAGCCAUUUGCUCAAUGGAUCAGGUAAUAUACAUAUUGUAAUGGUGGGACCUGAAGUUCCAACUAAUUUGUCUGGCACAACUUCAGGAGUAAGUAGUAGGGUGAGGGUGAAUCUUGUGAGGGGCAUUUAUCAAGAGGAAGCCACCUACUUGCCUUCUCCCCAUGUUAUAGUUGCAUUGAACUGUGGAUUAGACAACCAUACAAGUUGGGGUGGAGCACUCGAAGUGAUAAAAUCUGCAAAUGUUCCAGCCUUCAUCACGGAGCAAUCGGAAAUUUCAUGUGCAAAUGCAAAGCAAGUCCUUCGUGGGGCAGGAUUGCACAUUACACAUCCCGUGACACCAAAUCCUUUCCGUUCUCCUCUGAAGAUUCAAAGCACUUCUAGCAAUCUUCCUUCAUAUAGCAACGGCUUUGUGCUUGGAGUGAAUACAUGAGUUGGAACCCUAGAGGACUGGACUUGGGAAUAUUUCUGUCAUGUUGUAGUAAUCAAUAAUCACAUGUGAAGGAGAUGGCAGCAUUGCAAUUUAGUCCGAGUACGGAAAGCAAAAGUAACAUGUUUUCUGCUUAUCAGCCUAGGAGAACGGGGGAAAGAAAAAACGACAAUCAUGUGUGAAGAAAGAGGAGAUAAAGGUGGAGGUUGAGGAUUCAAUAUACCUGAUAAUUAGAACAGAGUCUACUGAUGAAGCAACUAGGCCGCCUGCCAAGAGCUUCAUGAGGAAAUUCAGGCUUCCAGGUUCGGUUGAU